ACCGCCCCUCUCCUUCCCAUGCGCUCCCCUCUGCCUGCCCUCCAUGCGCCUGCGGCCCCCAGGUGGCCUUGCCGCCCCGCACGCCUGCCCCCCGCGUCGGCCGUUCCCUACUAGAGUGUAUCAGCCAUAGUCACUCGGAGUCAGCUCUCAAGGCCCCCCAUCCUCAAAGCUCCAUAACCGGUGACCCCUUAGGAAAGAGGGGGAGACUGGGCAGACCCCUCCCUCCCUGAGGACGCUUGGAGCCCCGCCCCGCCCACAGUGGGUGGGGUCAGCACUGGAGGGGUUAAGCCGGGCGAGAAACCCGGGGCUUCCUCCCUCCCGCCCCACGCAGGCUUGCAGCUGCUCCAGGUGAGGAUCGGAUGUGUUACAGGUGGGCUAGGGGCAGGGGAAAGGAAGGGACCUAUCCUCUACUGACCAGUGUUGAACUGGCUUCCAGCUCCGGAAGGUGGGGAGGGGGAGUGUGUGAUUAGAGAGGUGGGGUUCAUCCCCCCCCCCAAGCCACCACAAGAAAAUCUCCCUCCUAGACUCUCCUGCCUGCAGGUCCUGGGUGGGGGGAGUGGAAGACGGGGCUGGACGCCCCACCUGGUGGCCGUUGGAUACCCUGUGGCUAUCAGGAGGAAGCUGUGGUAUUAUCUAAGAUGACUGGCAAACUCAAGCCAAUGAGGAACCAGGGCUGUAGAGGAACGUGGCUUUGGGAUUGCAGCCAAGCCUCGUGCUGAGGGGACAAUGGGACCACCAUGCCUUGUGGGCCCCAGUCAAGGGAGACUGAGCCUGAGGGGGCGGCAGAAGGGGGGGCACCAGGAUGGCUAAGGCAGUGGCAUGGCGCUGGCGGUUGGCAAGGCGGAGAACUAGCUGAAGGCAAGCUGGGGUGUAGGGAGAAAGAAAAGGGCUGCCGCUCCCGGAGAGUGUUUGCUCUAAAGGGGGCUGUGGGUGGGUUUAGGCAGCAGGUGUGUCUGCUCUGUGAGGCCAGCCAGCCACAGUGGUGGGUGGCUUGUGAGAGCUGAGAUGGCCCAGCUGUCCGGUUGUGGCAGAGUCUGAGGAGCACAGAUCUGUAGCCAGAGCGGGCUGGGUCCAAGCCUGCUGGGGGUCCAUGGCCCACUGUCAUCAUUCUCAUUCCAAGACAGUUGGUUCCUCCUCCCGGCUCUCCAUCUGAGUCAGUCCCCCCAAAUCCCCCAACAUAGCGAAAGGGCUAUAUCAGGCCACCUGGGCCAGCAGGUGAGUGUGGAACAAGAUCCCAGUUCCAGGGCACAUAAACUGCCCCCCUCGCCCACUCUAACCUCCUCUUCCCUCCUUGCCUGGCCCUGUCCAGUCCAGCUAUUGUUUCUGGAAUAAGGUACCUUGUAGUCUGAGUCUCCCUGGAGACUGUGGUCUUAUCCACUCCCACCUCCCAGCCUAGCAUGGAGUCGCCUGCCACCUAUAAAGAGGUGGUCUUGGCUGCCAACCUGGCUCAGCUGAGCCUAGCUCCUGCGUGUAAGUGCUGGCAGUCAGUGGGCCCUGGUCCAGUCCAGCUGACCUGUUCCCCAUCAACCCUCCACACUAGAUGGAGCUGAUCCUGAGGACCAGCCCAGCUGAGCUGACUCUGGAUUCCGCAUGCCAGCCAGAGCUAGCUGAGCUGACCCUGGAUUCCACAUGCCAUCCCAAGAUGACCCUCAGUCCUGGCCCCACUCAGCUUACCCUGGAUCAGCAGCCAGAGGAGAGCUCCAAUCCCAGCCUGGCUGAGCUGACCCUGGAGCCCGUGCACCACCAUCCUGAGCUCUUGGACGCGUGUGCCGACCUCAUCAAUGAGCAGUGGCCCCGCAGCCGGGCCUCCCGCCUGCACUCGCUGGGCCAGUCCUCGGAUGCCUUCCCCCUCUGCCUGAUGCUGCUGAGCCCUGGCCACGCACCUCAAGCAGUCUCCACUGUUGUGGGCCAUGCCCGCCUCUCCCGUGUGCUGGAUCAGCCUCAGAGCCUCUUAGUGGAGACAGUGGUGGUGGCCCGGGCCCUAAGGGGCCGUGGCUUUGGCCGCCGCCUCAUGGAGGGCUUAGAGGUCUUUGCUCGGGAUCGGGGCUUCUGCAAGCUGCACCUCACCACUCAUGAUAAACUGCACUUCUAUGCACACCUGGGCUACCGGCUCAGCAAGCCUGUGCAGGGUUUGGCCUUCACCAGCCGCCAGCUACCCGCUGCCCUGCUCAGUACCUUCUCCAGGGCCCCUUCACUGCAGCCACCCUGCAAGACUCCCAGCCUGACUGCCAAAACCACCCCAAAAGACCCCAGGGCACCCCCAUUGCCACCGCCUCCUCCCCUCCCCGAACCCCUGCCCACUUCACCUCUGUCUUCUGCAAAGUCCCCAUCAUUGGAGACACAGUACCAUGAUCUAAAAGGAUGCCCCAUAUUCUGGAUGGAGAAAGACAUCUGAGUAUUCCAGGACAAGAUGACUUCUGGGCAUGUGCACUGCCUAGCCCAGGACUGGCCACAACCCUCUGUCCAUGCCGCUGGGGGGCAACUUUUGCCUGGACAAGUGUCCUGGAUACCAGAGGCCCAGGAGGUGGCUCUGCAGCUCUGGCUUGGAGCCCUCCAUAUGGCUGAAUAAAAGCUUCCGUCAGG